AUGGGAUAUCUGAAUGCGCCAGGGCAAACAGAAACAGUCUUUGUUGUUGAUCCCGCAUGGCUAACUGACGGUCAUGCCUGUGCUACGGGCCGACGGGGCAGGCUGUAUAAGACAGGAGAUCUUGUGCGAAGCAACCGAGACUGGACUUUCGAUUAUAUCGGCCGCAAGGAUACCAUGGUCAAAAUACGUGGCCAACGUGUCGAUCUGAGAGCCAUGGAAUCGCCGGUCCGAGUGAAAGAAGUACUCGUUGAGUCUAUAAUACCCAACCAAAAUAGCGAAAAUGCCAGCAUUGCCUGUUUUUUAUACUUGGAAUACACAUUGUUACAGGGCCUUCAAGCAGAGAUUGAUCGUUCUCUACGGGCCGUUCUUCCUGACUAUAUGACGCCAUCUCUAUAUUUCCAGCUGUCCGAAGUACCAUAUACUCCGUCCGGAAAAAUUAACAGAAAACUUUUGCGCUCUUUGGCAUCACAGAUAUCUAGUCAAGAUUUGAUGUCAUGCCGUAUCUUUCCACAAGAAGCUUGUAUUUUGCCUCACAAUGAUACUGAAGUGGCUCUUCAGCGCCUUUGGGCGGAAACUUUGGGAUUGGACGCGGCUGUGGUUUACACAAACAUAAGCUUUCUUCAAUACGGUGGAGACUCUCUUAGUGCUAUUGUCCUCUCAAAGGCAUUAAGGAUAGAGUUCAAGCUGAGCAUACAAGUACCGCAACUCUUGCGUCGAGAGACUACGAUUGAACAUCUAGCAACACUGGUGGAGUAUCACAAAAAUGGCCAAAUAGUCGAUGAGCCACAUAUGGAUAUAUCUACAAGUCUGGAAGGUUGGAUAACACGACUUGGAAGUAUAUCUAUAAAUCUUCCGAGCACGGAUUCCCUGGGAAGUCGGGGCUCCCGGGUAUUGCUAACAGGUGCAACUGGAUAUCUGGGAACACAUAUUUUAGGCGAACUGUUCAACAGCCGCCAAGUGAGAAAUAUUAUCAUCAUAGUACGGGCAGCGAACAUUGAAAUUGCCCGAGAACGGGUUCGCGAAGUCGCAGUUACUGCAGGGUGGUGGAAGGAGAGUGCAUUCUCUCGCAUUGAAGUCUGGUUAGGAGACUUGGCCGAACCACGGUUGGGCUUACAAGAAGAAAAUUGGGCAAAGGUGUCCAAUAUCGACACAAUCAUACACAACGGCGCUGUUGUGAAUUAUAGUGCUAGCUACGACGUCUUGGAAAAGGCAAACGUCAUCUCAACCUUCCACUUAUUAGAGGCGGCUCUCCAGUCUCAACGCCUUCGAACUUUCAUCUUCAUCUCUGGUGGCAUCAAACAAGGCUUUCACCAGUCAGAUCAAGAGUACCUACGAGCUCUCAACGAAGCGGAAGGAUAUAGCCAGGCCAAAUAUGUGUCGGAGCAACUAACACUAGCCGCGGGCCGCCUAUACAACGAAGUCGUCCACCCUUCUUCCACACGGGAGGAUGAGAGGGAGCCGGCAAAUACGGGCCGAACCUUCAUGGUUAUCAAACCUGGCUACAUAAUUGGCGAUCAAGUGGCUGGUCUUUCCAACACAGACGACUAUAUUUGGAGGUUGGUCGCCGGAGCAGUUCGCAUGGGAUGCUUUCCUUCUGACCCGCCAGACUAUUGGCUGGAUAUAGCAGAGGUCACUUAUGUCGCAAAAUAUGUGGCUUGCCAAGCGCAGCUUGGAGUACCCAAAAGUGCUUCCGGACCUAUGACCCCUCCCAGGUCCAUUCACAGCGGCUGUUCCAGUCCCAGCAGCGAGGAUGAUCGAGAAACUGGAAUAUUGGACCCUACUAAGGUAUUCCAUGAUAUGAGCCGCGGUCUACCUGUUAGAGAAUUCUGGAAUGCUAUCCAGUCGCAAGCUCGAAUAGCCCUUAAACAAUUAGAUUGGGAUUCAUGGAUUGCUCAAGCCAAUGCUGAUGUUGAUCAAGACAAAGAAGCCCACCCGCUGUGGGCCAUUCAGCUACAUUUGGGGCCGGCCCUUGGCGAUAGAAUAACGGCCGAAGAAGUCAAGAUCAGGUCAACGGAAGAAUCUAAUACCUUAGGCGAGAUUGAGGCGGCAGUCCGACGCUCUGUAGAGUACCUUUACAGCAUCCAGUUCAUCGUCCUUCCGGUCGAAGAGGGGUCUCUAAACUCUUCACCCGCUAACUGGAGUUAUCCAUCGAGUAGCGAUACCGACAGUUCCGCAGACGACGAUGAACAUCUGGCACAAAGAAGAGUCAUCGGAAGUGCCCAGGCAAAACAUUACCAUGCGAUUAUUAGUCGAUCCAAGUUGAGGUAUUGA